CCGAGAUUGCCAUGGAUGUCGGGCCGUAGCAGUUUAUGCGGUGCCGUAGCAUCAGUGGUUUGUCGUUUUCCUACGGUGCGCACAGCGUUUCUUUUGUGGCGGAGAGGCAUCACUUGCACCGUGUGGGCACAGUGAGGAUGAGAGUGGUGCUCUGAGGUGCCUAACUGCAAGCUGGCCGUGUGUGAUUCUAGGAGAGGGGAUGAAGAUGGACCAGAGGAUACAAGUCAGUCACUAAAGCAACACCACCAGGAGGAGAGAUGGGCUAUAAGAUUCCUGGAGCAGCGAUGGACAGAGUCAGUCUUCUCUGGCGUCUGAGACGUCGGGCCCGUCGCGGAGCACUCUGCAUGGGCUUUUUUUGCAUCUGCAUGGCGUUGCUCUAUGCCCUCUGUGCCGAAAACAGCGUGCCCGUGACUGAUGCCAUCUUCGGUGUAAGGGCACGUACCCGGGCCCAGCCUCGUGCACACUCUGUCAUCAAGGUGCUCCGGGGCGGGGCCAAACCAAUGUACAUAAACCCACAGAAGCUUCCGGGUGUCGUCCCUGGUGACCCUCACCGUCCAAUCCCUGUCCUCUCCUCUCCAAAUCACACCCAGGAGGCCAAAAAGGAGUCAAACGCCAAGCACAACAGGAGAGAGCCCGAGUCCUCUGGCUUCUUUGCCUGGCUGCUGCCCCGCCCUUUCACACGGGCCCUGGAGACCGUGUUUGGGGGCCGCCGUCGAGGGAGGCUAAGCGGCGGAGCAGGAGAUGCGGAGUUCUUCGGGCCUCACGGGAGUCUGGGAGAGGUGUGGAAUGAUGAGAUGUCCAGCAGCAUGCUGGGAAGCCGACUGAGGAAGGUGGUACAGAACUACCAGGCUAUGAAUAAGUAUGGGGUACAGUUCUCUGGCCCUGGGGGAGUGGCCAGCAGGCCUAAGCUAAGUGGUCCACAGCUUCUUUGCCAAAUGAAGGAGAAAGUACAGGUCAUAACCUUGACCCCUGACCUCCAGCCUUUCUCCUCACUCACUUGGGCCUCUCAUCUGCCGCCGAAUCCUCUAACCACUGACAUUGGGCCAUAUAAGAGCUGUGCUGUGGUGUCUUCAGCUGGCUCACUGCACUAUUCUGGACUUGGCAAGGAGAUAGACUCUCAUGACGCUGUGUUGAGGUUCAAUGCUGCACCCACAGUUGGCUAUGAAAAGGAUGUUGGCUCUAAGACCACCAUCCGACUCAUUAAUUCCCAGGUGAUGGCAUCCGAGGACCACCAUUUCCUGUCCAGUUCUCUGUACAGCACAGGUGUUCUGGUAGCCUGGGACCCCGCCCCCUUUUCUGCUGAUCUCUCUCAGUGGUACAACAAGACAGACUACCCCAUCUUUAUCCAGUACCAGAGAUACAGGAGGCUGCAUCCUCUCCAGCCUUUCUACAUCCUGCAUCCACGCUUUGAAUGGCAACUCUGGCAGCGAAUCCAAGACAACAUGGCAGAGCCCAUCCAGAAGAACCCGCCCUCCUCUGGCCUGCUAGGAACAGUCCUGAUGAUGUCACUGUGCGAGGUGGUGCGUGUGUAUGAGUUCCUGCCGUCCCGCAGAAAGACGGAGCUGUGCCACUACUACCAGCGUUUCUAUGAUGCUGCGUGCACACUGGGAGCCUACCACCCCCUGCUCUACGAGAAGAACUUAGUCAAACGGAUGAACCAGGGACCCGAUCGUGACAUCUACACCCACGGACGUGUCACAUUGCCUGGGUUCAGCAGCCUGAACUGCACCCAGGCUCCAGGACGUAACCGCGACUUCUAAUUAACUGGAAGAUGCUAGGCAGGGUGCACAGCUGGGUAGCAAAACGCAACUAGACAUACAAGCACACACAGAAACACCCACGCCACCAUUAAACAUAGAAUAAAACAUCCUAGGAUGCAUGAGCAUGAGGAGUGUGUAAAAACUGAUCAUUUGGAAUCUGUUCCUAAGAUAAACAUGACAGAAUAAAUAAAACAAAGAAUGGAUGCACUUUGUGGACACUGCCAGGCCAGCAUAGUAGCUGUGCCACUUAUAAUAAGCAUUCUAUGUUUUCUGCACUUUGUUAUGAGUCAGAUAUAACAAGAAACAGAAUCUGCACGUAUUCUUUGUCGUA